AUGGGAUUUUUCGACUUUUACAAGAAACAAGCCGAUCAUACGAAUGAAUUAGAAAGUCUUGGCUUCAAGGCAUCGGACUGCGAUCAAGUUUGUGACUCUUGCACUUCAAAAUUUCCAUCAUCGAUUAAUUUAGCGGAAGCUUCGGGAGAAGACUUAUGGGGGACUACCAAGCCUUAUGGACUACACAUCGUUAUCCCGACAAAUAAGGCUGACUGGCCACAUGAUGCUAUAAGCGGAUCAGGGCCACUUGCUCAGAACAUUGAUAGAUGGGCAAGUAACACUUCAGUUGUAUUGGGUGACCUGAGCAAGGUUAAGGUAACUGUCAGUUCUCUUUCGUCUCUCAAACUCGAAUCAGAUAACGACUAUAUGGAUGCAAAAAAAGGUGACAUACUAUUAUUGCCAUUCUUCGUUUGGGUGAAGAAUUUGAAAGCUGAACAAGCAGCACAAGUCUUGGAUUCAAUCGUCCCAAAACUUGUGGAAUAUAGAGAUAAGCAGCUCGAGGAACUCCCAGCAACGUUAAAUAUUCUUUUCCUGGAUGUCGUAGUGGAAGCGGAUAUAAAUUCAGCGUACAUUUUUCUAUGCUCCCAUAGGACAAGAGAUAAGAAAUGCGGCGUAACCGCCCCGAUCAUGAAAAAGGAGAUGGAUUUACAUUUGAGGGAUCUUGGUCUUUACAGAGAUUUUGGUGAUGAGAGGAAUGGCGGUGUUCUCGUUUCAUACGUGAACCAUAUCGGAGGCCAUAAAUAUGCCGCCAACGUAAUUAUCUAUAUCAAAAAGACGGGGAGAAAUAUAUGGCUAGCACGAUGUAAGCCAAACAACGUCGUUCCUAUCAUCAACGAGUGCAUCAUAAAUGACGGUAAAGUUUGGCCGGAAAAAGUCAGACAGGUGCAGAAGUUUAAGCCCAUUGACUGGUAG